ACACGCGUUUCAAGAACUGAACCCAAAGAAAUCAGAGCAAAAGGCAGAUUUUUUUAGUGCCUCAAAGCCACUUCUUGGCCGCCGCUGUGGUGUUCUCCACGACCAGCUGCAUAGUUUAGUCCUCUCCCUUUCACAUGGUCCGCCCUUAGCAUCCCGUCUCUCCCACGGUAAUCCCGGGCGAAUCUGCCCUUCCAAUCGCAGUUCUUUGGCAGAUUUCCAGACUCUUGCAGCUCACCUCUGCAGUUCUCUUCUGCCUUGCUGACGGUCUGCUUCCCUUGGCCAUAAUUCCUUGCCGUUCUCGACCCUCCUUCAAUGGCGAGGAGUUAUGCGACGCAUUAAAGCUUGCUCUGAACCCGUCUGAUCCGGUAGGCCUUUCGAUCCCUUUCCGCGGCCGGUUUUUUCUUAGCUUGCAUGCAUAGGCAGGAGCAGGCAGGCAUGGAAGGAAACUGUAGCCCCACGCGUUACCGGGAGAGUCCAACUCCAAAGCCAUACAUGGCGUCGUGUGUUAAUGAAAAGAGCCGAGGGUGAGGAGGAGUAAAGGCGGCAGCUUUUCCCUUGACGCCUCGCCUGUGUGCCCCCCUUCCAUUCCUCUCGUCUCCGUCCUCGUCUUCCCUGGAGCGCUUCCGGGUUCCGUUUGCCUCUCCCUCUCCAGCUCUCCUUGCUUGUUUUGGGAUGCUGUUAGUGCAGAAAAGCUGAGCGCUUUUGCCUCUUCCUCUCCAUUCUAGUAAGCGGCAGUCUUGUGGUAGCCUUUGAUGCUCUCUCUUGGUCCCGUUGAUAGCAACUUGGUUUAGGUCCUGGGUCCUCUUCACCUAAUUUUGUUUGUAGUUUCGGUUGGUAAGUCAUCGGUUAUUUGCUUGUUGGCUGGCCCAGUUCUUCUUGUAUAUAAUCUUCCGGCCGUCUUGUUCUGUUCCUGAGCACUUCACAUUAGCCCCAUCUCCAUACACCAUCCAAUGCUUCUCUUUUUGUUGGAUCGAGAAGAGGAGCUCUCAUCUGUGCUGGGAGGUUGGGAGGCAGUGCUUGCUUGGAUGCUGCGUGGUGAUCUCUGAGGUGAUCAAAGACUUGUUUUACUGCAUCCUCUGUAACUUUUAGUUCUUGAACAAAUAUGGAACUUGUCUACUUGGAAAGGAGAAAUGGAUUACAUGACGAGAGUGCAAUUCCAGAGGUCAGUGGAAGUGCAGAAGAAGAUCAAGACCCGUCCAUUGCUGCAUCUGAAGUUCAGUCUGAUUUGCGUCAAAUAAACUGCAAGAAGCCACUGCCGUCAGAUGAGAAGAAAAGCAAGAGCUGCCAGUCAUGCCACAAGUCACCGUGUUCGUGCGGUGGUGAUGCACCUCAUUCAGAUUUGCACCCUGCAAUUCCUGCCAAGAUGAUGAUCUUGGAGUAUCUCCUCAGAAGUCUGAGACACCCUACAAGAACCCACAAUGUGAGCGAUCUUGAUGACUUGAUCACCGAUGGGGUCAGCCAAGGAAGUGUAAAUCUUGGUCCUUCCGAGAAAAUGGUGUUGGACUCUCUACAUGCUCUUGUGAAUGCGAAGACAAGGCCAAAAAGCCCGUUGCUUUUCCUGCCAGGAUCUAAGCUGAGAAAAACUCGGUCGAAAUCCCACAUCAUAACACACUCAGAGAUAUUGAAGCUCAUGUAUCCUGAGACAUGGGAAACCUCCUCCCCUGGGGCAUCUCCAUUGAAGAAAAGCACAGCUGAACUCAGCCUGCAUGAGAAGAUGUCGCCCUCUUGCUCUCAUACGGCAUCUAUGAGCUCAAAUCAGCCUGUUCUGUCCCACUGCCCAUCAUCUCUUAGUGCUGGUCUUCUACAAUGCAUAUGGAAGGAUGGGCUCUCUCACUUUGAAUUGUCACUGGACAAUCCUAUUGCAGUGUACACUGCGAAACCAAUCAAGGUGCAGGACAAUGACAAGGCCCUCGACUACGUCUACAUGCUCCACUCAGGAGAGCAAGGAAGAAAAGAUUGGAUGGGUCACUCAAGCAAUGUGUCAAAACUUGUUGGCAAGAUGAAGGUGUCAAGUUCCUUAGUGCUAAAUGCAGACAAGUCAAGUCUUAUGGAAACUGAGUUUGUCCUGUAUGGUUCUCCUGAUGACUAUCUGAGGCAAAUGCAUAGUUCUUAUAGUGUUACAAAAGGAAAGGGGCUAGUCAAGAGAGUUUCGGAAAUUAUGAGAACAGGGAAUGUUUCCUCUAGUCCAAAACAUUCCUGGAAGUUCGGCAAAUCCUGCUCUUUUCAGUUCGACAACUUGACUGAAAUACUUGAAGGUGAAAGUAUCAGUGCUAGAGAAUCAACCUUGAUUGACACCGAUGAUCUGCCGACCAACCAAGAGUUAGCAGCAAUUGUGGUGAGGGAACAACGGCAUGAACAGAAGGAACCUCCUAUUGGUGGCUGGGGCCUGAAGUUCCUUGAGAAAGCAGGAUCAAGUCAUACAGAGGGCACCGAAGAUACUGAUGUUCAGAACAGAAGUGGUGCUGCAAAAUAUAUAACUGCUGUUGUUCCCAGAGGUUACCAUGGCGGCACGGUUUCAAAGAACAGCGGACCCUCAGGUCUCAUCCAGAGAUGGAGAUCCGGAGGCCGCUGUGAUUGCGGUGGAUGGGAUCUUGGUUGCUCCAUUAGAGUACUGGACAAUGAUAGUUGUCUCCCCUUGCCUCAAGCAGAGUCACAGGACAGCAGAUCAGUAGAGCUAAAAAUCAAGGGCGCAAAGGACGAGACAAUGUUAAGGCUUGUGAGUAUCACGGAGGACCUGUAUAUCCUCUACUUCGACUCGAGUCUUUCACCAUUGCAGUGCUUCUCAGCAGGGAUAGCGAUUGUGCACAGCCAGGCACCACAGCUUUGCCCAAGAUUGUGAAUUGCAAACUCGAUAUAGCGCUAUGUAGAUAGCAGAAAUAUUUCUUCUUGUAAUUUUUCUUAUUUUUGAGAGAGAAAAGCAGGCAAGCUGUUUUCCUCCUGUUAAUUUAUCAGUCGGUUCGACCGAUUGAUGGUAAGCUCUGGUAACAGUUGCAGAAUUGAACAUCAUUACAAUUCCUAUAUGGUAAUUUACAAAUCUCUGAAUAUUCAUCUACGAAAA